AUGCUCCAUGCGCCAGAGUUAAUAGGAGUUCCUCGGAACCAAAGUGCUGAUAUAGGGGCCAAUGUAACUUUCAACUGCACUGCCACAGGUCUUACUACGCCAAGCAUCUCAUGGAUCAAAAACAAUGAUUCGUUUGCCUUACAAUCCAACCCAAGGUUGACAUUCAUUAACGAUCCACUGGACGACAAAAGUACGCAAAGCCACUUGUUUAUUACAAGAGUAAAGGAAGAAGAUUUUGGCAAAUAUCAGUGUGAGGCAAAAAACAGCGGUGAUAAGAAUUUGUCUUUGCCGGCUUUUUUAACCCCGAAAGUUUCAGCUACAACUCAUACUUUCGUAUUCGUCAAGGAAGGAGCGCCAGAAAAUUCAGCAUCUCAGAUAACUAUAGUCGCUGUAUCAUGCACUUUGGUAGCUGCAGUUAUUUGCGUGGUCACUGGGUUUGUGUGGAAUCGGCGUAAAAAUUGUGAUAAGGAGGCACGAAAACGUACAACAAAAGUAUGCUUGGAAAAGGCCAAACAUUUGAUAAACACGAUACAUGACCUUGAAAACAAUUGUUCUCCCAAUACCCAAGCCAUUGAGACCCCCGAGGAAAGGCUCCUGUUACUGGGGUACGGAUUAGGGGACAGAAGUCCUCCAGACGGAAGCGAGCAGGAUGAUUCUACACAGGAUGUAACAGAAAAUGGUCGAGAGAGAUUAGAAUCGGGUGGGAAGAUUGCUGGUGGUGACAUUUUCACUGCUGAUAAAGGUGUUGACCUGAGUGUUGACGAACAGCGCGAUUGGAGAGAAAUAUCUCAAGAGACCGAAGAAAGAUGCGUAAACUUGGAAAAUCUUGAAGUCUGCGAUGAAAUACUCGGAGAGGGCGAAUUUGGGAUCGUCUACAAAGGGCGCUACGGUGGAAAAGACGGAAACAUGAUAGAUGUAGCUGUUAAGAAGCUAAAAGACCCUAGUGCCAUUGCCAAAGAAACCCUGCUUAAUGAAAUAAGGACCUUAAAGAAAACUGGGAAACAUCCUAAUAUUGUCACUUUGAUUGGCACACGGAUAGAGAGAGGAAACAUUCUUCUAGUCACUGAAUUGAUUCGUGGUGAAAGCCUGGAAAAUCUCUUGAAGGCUGAGAGGGCUCCUGCGGAAAGGAACAAUUAUCAAAACGUCCGGUGUAAGCUGAAUGACCGGCAGUUGGUUACAAUUGCACUUCAGAUCGCCGCAGGAAUGCAGCACUUAGAAGAAAGAAAGUUUGUUCAUCGCGAUCUAGCAGCCAGGAAUGUUUUAGUUGAUGCCAACCUGGUGGCUAAAGUUGGAGACUUUGGAUUAGCCAGGGACAUAUCCGCUGCUGGUAUAUACACAGUGACCUCCAGCAAGGGGGUUGCGUGGAGAUGGUCGUCGUUAGAAUCUCUGCGAGAUCUGCAUUUUACAUCCAUGAGUGAUGUGUGGUCAUUUGGUAUCGUUCUAUGGGAAAUCGCCACUCAUGGUGAGUUGCCAUACCCAUACCCUGACAUCACAUCUCCAAUUGCCCUAGUAAGUCGACUGGCUACGGGAUACAGGAUGCCUCGUCCCGAUCAAUGCUAUGGAGAAUUAUAUGAGCUAAUGAGCUCUUGUUGGAAAGAAAAUCCAUUGAUGAGACCAGCCUUUUCAGAGAUCGCUCAACAGCUGCAAAAUAUUUUGCGAGAAGUGAAGAGGACAUAUACAAAUAUCAACGAUGGAGAAGCCUGAUGACGCUCUUAUGCCGAAGCAAAAAACUCACUCGAUUUAAUUAUCAAUAUAAAAACAACCACGAUAUCUCAAAUAAGUGCAUAAAUGUACUGAGGCCCGAUGAUUAUGCUUAUGAAAUCUGUGUGACCCAGAUGCUGUCGCUGACUAGGCUCCAAAAUUUCGAAUUCAAGUAUUUGUCUCCCUGUUAGUGAAGGUUUCGCAAUUAGGUAAGGAAAAUUGCAGCAAAGAAUAGACGGUGCUACCUGUA